AUGGGAUCUGAUCGAAUGUUUGCUCUUCGAGGAUAUUUAUCAAUAACAAUUCGGUAUUUUAUUUAUUCGAUUAUUUUAUAUUUUAAGUCAAUUUUAUUAUGUUCGACACCGUGUCAAUCUUGUUUAUCCUCAUCUUCCACUUGUAUGCGUUUCGGGUGGUGGAAAGCAUGAAUACUAUUACCCAAUCGAGUGCUUGGACUUUGUCGAA